AUGCCCCGAGGAAAGAACCACCGCAAGCGUCCACAGGCGAAGGCCAAGCCGCCGCAGCAACAGAAGGCUUUCGCCACCACUAGUGCUUGUACUCGCGCGCAACAAGAGUUUGCCGUCAGGAUCAACAAUACGGGCGAGAACUGGGAGGCUCUACAAAUCCACGUCGAUUUCGACGCGCUCUAUGGUCGUCUGGAUGCCGCGUACGAUGAGUACAGAGAUAAAGGCCCCGGUUCGUACAUGAUGUUGGGUGGCAUCGUUGGGAUAUACGCCAAGAUGUGCGUCGACUCGAUACUUCGCGAUAAACUAUUCCAAAAAGGUGUAUUGUCGAAGCUCAUGCCUCUCUUGGACGAGGAACCGUGUCGCCGCGUAGUGCUACGAUCGUUGGUGACCAUGACUCGCCAUGGAGGGAUCCCGGUCAAAGUCGAAAUCGCUCGAAAGACGCGCCACAUCUUUCAGGUCAUGGACGGCAAUCCAAGCGAUGAUACCACUCAGGAAUUAGGCGUUGCCAUUUUGACCCAUUGCGUCGGAUCUGCUGUAUACGACGUGUACAAGCCACCCAGCCCCAAGAAUCUCAAUGAGAUAAGCAUUUCGGGAGUGCUCAAGACCCUCGUCCGAGUUUUGAAGCGGCCGGGAUGCUCGGCUCACCUGGUUUGGCAUGCGUUGUCUCUUAUCCAAGCUGCGACGGGUAAUUGUCCCGAGGAAUACCGAAAGAAUCCCUCGGCGACUAGAUUUCUGAUGGCGUUAUUGCGAAGCGACGAACUCAGCAUUCGAUGCUCGGCCCUUGGAAGCCUUCUGCGACUGCACGCUCGGGCGAGCGAAGAAGACCGCGUCCAAUUUGUCCCUGCGAAGUUCAUGGCGAUGUCGGCCUCUGGCAACUGGCCUCCAUCCAUCCGGAACGCCAUGUCGAAGUACGGUCCGACAAGGUGUGACUCUUUCGUCACGGGCCAGACCGCGAGGGAGUACAAAUUCGCCGCAAUGGAUUUCCUCAAGAAUCGCGAGUUAUAUACGCUUGGCAAGACGUUGGCUGAGUUCGCUCUGCGCACGGAAUUCUCGAUUCCGAGGGGCAGGUCCGAGUUUCCCGAGCCUAGUGCCCUGCCGAACCUCAGGAUAAUGAACGGCCGCGAUCUUGGGCUACCAGUCAAAUUAUGGUCCGAUAUGCUGCCACUAGCCGCACUUUCUAUUCACGAGAAAGGAGGUCCAGAUGAAGCGUAUCUAGCUGAGGUACUCAAUUUGAAGUGCCUAUUCAUGCGCGAACGCAUUCUCGAGGCAGUAGCGAAGGCUCAAGCUCUCGUAAAGGCAUACCCCGAUGUCGCCUACUUCUACUACGGCGCUAGCUUAAUUUCGGAGCCUCAACUCGCGUUGCUCGAGCGCGCCGUCGAACAAGCCGGAGAUAUGGCUUUGGCGUCGUUUCAACAGUCGCGAUCGCAGCAACGGGAUCAUGAAGAGGAUGUGGCGUUCCUCGUGAGCGCGCUGGAGGAUGCGAAGAAGUACAUGGCCGAGGCGCCUCCCGACGCGAGGAACAUGAAGGCUGUUAUUGAUUGGUACAUCCUUUUGACGCUUGCUAUCAAGGGAAAAGAGGACGCGCUUGAGAAAUUGCGCGUUAACGAGGCCAUUCUGAAGUUACUCGGAUCUCGGAUCGCCAACACGCAGCUACGCCUGGCUCGCGUUACGGUGCUGGAGGGUUAUUCCGCCGCUCACGACGAAUGGGCGGAUCUAUUGAGGGUUCUGGACGAACAUCCCGACCGCGGCACGGACGCAUACCACCGCAAGAGUGUUGAUCAGACGAAGGCAAUCGACGAUCUCGCUACCUGGCUCGAGGAGGACGUCUACUUCGGUAACGACGAUGAGGUGGAAGAACGCACUGCGGAUAGUCCGGCACCCUGUGAUCCACCGCAGAGCGUCACGAUGAAUACGGUGUCGCUCUAUCUAUGCAGCUUUUGCGGCACUCCUAGCGCUGCCCUCAAAAAGUGCGGAGGGUGCGGUGACACAAAAUACUGCGACGCCUUCUGUCAGAAGAAUCAUUGGAAAGCCCAUAGAAAUCACUGCCAGAGAUCACCGAAAUAG